AAAUAAAAAAUCGGUCAGUCUGGGUUUUUCCUCGAAAUUAUUCAGGGUAGACGGGAAGGCAACACCGGAAGGAAACUCGGCGACUCCGCUACCGCCGACGCCACUAAAUCGGCGAACGCGGCAUCGAUCCACAAAAAAAAUGCAGGCUGCAGCUCUCUCCGCUGCCUUUCUGCAUCACCUUCCGGUGUCAUUCUCUCUUCCGACCCUCCCUCACCUCCGUGGAAACCAAAGCUCCACCACCUGUCUGUUCCCCCGCUGCUCAAAUCUCUCAUCUUCCUUUGGCAAGAUCCUCUUCUCUUCCCAUUUCGAUUUCCUCUCCUUUUCUUGGUCCAUAUCUCCGAUCCGUGAUCCUAAGCGCCAGGUUUGGGCGAAUGCGGCUUCGGGGUCGCCUUCUGAUCAAGAUUCCGAGAAGGAGAAGCUCGCGCAGGUCUCCAAGAGAUUAGAAGACACUGCCAGAUAUUUCAAGCGUUUGGGAAGUAUCGGAUUCUGGGGCCAGCUAUUAUGCACCAUUGUUUCUGCUGUUAUUUUAUCAUUUUCCACAGUUGUGACAGGGAAGAUAGCUACACCAGUGACCUUUUAUCCUACUGCUGGUGCAAUUGCAGUUGCAUUUAUUUCGGUGUUCUGGUUUUUUGGUUAUAUACGACUAUCAGAAAAGCUUCAAAGAACAGCUAAUGAACCUUCAAAGGCUCCUCCACGUGCUGAAGUGGUAAAAAAUCUGAAAAAUGGUAUAGUGCUUAAUGUUUUGGGAAUGGGUGCUGCAAUUCUUGGUAUGCAAGCGACUAUUGGGUUAUUGGUUGCUAAGGCCCUCACUACCCUAUCAGUUCCUUAUUACCAGGGAAUAGCCCCUGGCAAGAAUGUAGUGCUGGCCAUGGAUGUGUUCUUAGUACAGUCUUCAAGCAAAACAGUCCUUUCACAUCUCUUGGGGCUGGUUUUGUCACUAGAGCUGUUGCGAUCAGUCACAGUGCCACAUUUGGAAGCUGUUCCUAUUCCCAGAGCUCUAUAGAUAAUGUUGUGUCAUUAGGUAUUCAUGUUCUAUACCUAUCCCUUCGCUGAUCAAAGUUUUGAGUUUUUUCUUCGUCCAAAUUAAGAUCCAACAUAUUUGUCUUAUGUUUUGUCUCGGAUCUCGCUGAUUUAGAGCAUUUCAUAUAGGGAACCAUGUAUAUAUAUUAGUCAUAUGUGCAAAAACUAAGCCCUCCCGUCACUGGAUAACUAUAACUUCACGAUUUACCUCUUUAUAAAUAGUUAUAGCUAUUUAUAGGGCCAAUCGUGUGGAGCUGUUGGGAUGACAGAUUCUACUUUUUGCUAUCAUAUGUGCAAAAACUUUUAAACAAAGAAUAUUUUACUCCAGAU